AGGUCCAGCAGCAGAAGCAUGCACCGCCACAGCCCCUAUCUAUCCGCUUGAGGCUUUCCCUUCCAACCCGCUCUCUAGCACUGGCCAUGCGAGAUGGAGUCCCAGCAAGAUCGUGGCUUCCAGAUCAUGGAGCAUUCUGAUAUGAACAAUCACGACUCGGAUGGCUCGGGUUCAUCUGACGAGCUGCUGCAACAGCCGUACACACUCCGAUCGGACUCCAGCUUCACCGAGAAUUUCGACAGCCAGAUCCCAACCCCAGCAUCGACCAUCAACACUUCCCCCACCCCGUCUCUACCAACUGGUAUCCCUCCAUGGGUCACGGGUACCCCUUCACGCCCGCGGGGUGCGAGCGUUGGCGCCUCUGCUCUCGACAAAGCACAGCCCGUGGACGGUCUGCCGGGUGACCAGAGGUCGCAACGUCCGUCCGGCCCCGCUCGAACGCCCUCCAACACCUACGCCCCUCAGCGCCGCCCGCCCCAGUACAUCAGCUUUCAGAAUGACCGUCAGCGAUCUUCCUCAACGAAACGAACCCCCCGCCGGGACCCGAAUGCCCAGUAUCGUGCGCAGGAGAAGGCUUACGUCCAGCGCAUCCGGGCUGACCCUCAGGCAUGGUACAACCAUUUCGACGAAGCUCAGAACAUGAGCCCCGGGAUCGGGGACUCGGACCUGGAGGAACCCUCGCCUUCGUCGGAGGUCCCCUUUGAGGAUGAUGCCUAUGAUCCGGAUAUCCAACUUUUCCUCAAUGAUGACAACCUGCCGACGCUUGACGAACUGAAGAAUCCGAGAAAUCAAGAGAGACUGGAGUGGCACUCUAUGCUUUCUUCUGUCUUGAAGGGAGACGUUGUCAAGCAGGAAAAGCAACGUCUGCUGGGAUCUACCGACUCCAAGAGGUCGUCUGCUCAGAAUAACGCGAUAUGGCUUGGUGUCCGGGCAAGGACGUGCGGGCGUAGUGUUGCUCUGCAGCGGAAGCUCAUUGAAGAAGCUCGGAAUGGGCUGGGUCCCAUCAUCGAGGAAAUCAUCAAGUUCGAGAUCAAAGGUGAGACUGAGAUCGGAAAGCCUCCCAUCCAACAGGUCGAGGACAUUGUGGGACAGAUUGAGAGGUGUGAAAGCUUGUAUUCCACCCACAAGGAGUUGGAAAGCGCACACCCUCGCAUUGCAUCGGAGGAGUUCCGCUCGAGUCGGGAUGCCGUACUAGCCUGGCACAACACAACAAUUCUCAUCAACACCGAGCUCGCUAUUCUGCAGAAAUGGGUGGGAAAUGACGAGCUUGAUUUUAGCAAACCAAGGACCAAAUCGAUCAAUAGUGAUCUCUCCGACGAAUCCUCCUUCCUGGAUCGGAUCAUGAAGGAAGAUGGGUUGAGGAUGCUGCAGGGAAAACAUAACAUGCUUAGCGGUGUCGGCGAAGUGAUUCAGAAAGCGAAGAACACCUUGAUCGAAAACGCCAGCUCGUUCGCUAAGCGUCACCUGCCGCCCUACAUCGAAGAAUUGCUCACUCUAAUCAAUUUCCCCUCGCGUCUCAUUCAGGAAAUCAUUCGCAUGCGACUUUCUUAUGCUAAGAACAUGAAGGAUCCUGCCCAGCAGUCUCCAAUCCUGGUGGAUCAGAUGCUCUCGCAGUUCCAGAUCUUGAUGAAAGUAGCAGUGGACAUCAAGCAACGGUAUAUGGAUAUCGCCAGACCUGAGCCAGGCUGGGACCUGCCUCCUUGUAUCGACGAGAAUUUUGACUCGGUGGUCCUGGAUGCCAUGAAGUACUACUUCCGGCUCCUCAAUUGGAAGCUGAAUGCAAACAAGAACACGUUCAAGGAGGCUGAAAUCUUGGAACAAGAUUGGGAAUUCUCGAAUGAAGUUGGACGGCAACUCGAAGGAGGAGAUAUUGAGGUUGCUGAGCAAUAUAGUGCAUUGACUGCAAAGUCUCUACAACGCCUGAUGAUUCAUUUCGAGCGCGAACUAACGAUACGACAUAACGAGGACCCCAUUGACAUGGACAAGCGGUACAAGAGCGUUCUUGACUCGACUCGGAUCCGUCAACGAAAGCUCUACCGUUUCUCUCGGUUCCUGCGCCAGCUAUUUGAAAAUGCAACAGAAUACAAUUUGCCGGCUGACAUUGCCUACGACUUCCUGGAGGCGCUCCUCGUCUCGGAUCACUUCAUCAUCAAAACUCAUGCUUCCAUGGGCCAGAAGAACGUCUACCUCUUCGCGCACCCUGCACUGUGGGGUCGGCCCGCGGAUCUUCAAGCCAUCAUGGGCACAUCUUUCCGUGAAGAGGAUGCGUCGAAGGACUCUCCGCAUGCGCCCUACAUACUCGUAGUUCGUCCGGAGAAGCCAUUGGCCUGGGCGGGUAAAGAAAUGCAGGUGGAGACUAUGGAACAUCCUACGGAUUUACGACUAGGAAAGCUGCGCCUCGUCGUUGAGGGUACGCAGCAGCGUCUAGCUAACGCCCGGGCUGAGUUGGCGCAUUUGACCGGAAUGCAUCUCGACAUGGCCAUCGAGCAAAGGGCUAACCUCGGCCGUGUCAAUGUGGAACUCAACAAGAUCAAGAAGAUCUCAUUCAAGUUGUCCAUGACUAUCAUGGACAGCGUUGCAAUCAUUCGCAACCAGCUGAAGGAGGAGGGGGUCGAGAAUCAUGAUCUGAUUCAAGCAUGCUAUGCUUUCGCCACGGAGUUCGGAAAGCGUUCUUCCAACGUCGACCCCAACCGACGCGCAAUGAACAGUGCAAGGCUCGUGGAUUUGUCUCUUGACUGGGUGUCAUUCGUCUGUGAUGACUGUGAUGCCGCUGAUCGGAAGACCUUCAAGUGGGCUGUGUCGGCCCUUGAGUUCGCCAUGGCGAUUACUUCCAGUAGACAUCUGCUCUCCAUGGAUGAUGCGCAAUUUGCUCGUUUACGACAGAAAGUGGCCGGUUGUAUGUCACUUCUCAUCUCUCAUUUCGAUAUCAUGGGCGCUCGGUCUUCCCGUGCGGCUCAGGCAGAGAAGCAGCGCUUGGAGGAGCGCGCCGGCUCGAGAAGGAUGGGCGCAGGUCGUGUUUUGACGGAUGAGGAAGCAACCAAGCUUGUGCGGGAGCAGCGUCUGGCUCACUUGAUCGAAAUUGAAGAUAGACGGGUUGACGAGGACGCGAAGCGUCAGGCUCUUGGAAGGGUCUUGGAGGGAUCUAACGAGGCCGACCGAUCUCUUACCGUGCUCUCUUCCUCGGCCACUAAUGUCACUCUCCGGUGGCAGCAGGGUCAGUUCAUCGGAGGCGGAACGUUCGGAUCCGUCUAUGCCGCGAUCAAUCUCGACAGCAAUUACCUUAUGGCUGUCAAGGAGAUUCGACUGCAAGACCCUCAACUCAUUCCUAAGAUUGCCCAACAGAUUCGCGACGAGAUGGGUGUUUUGGAAGUCCUCGACCAUCCCAACAUUGUCUCAUACCACGGAAUCGAGGUUCACCGUGAUAAGGUUUACAUCUUCAUGGAAUACUGCUCUGGUGGCUCGCUCGCGAGCUUGCUCGAACACGGGCGUGUCGAGGACGAGACUGUCAUCAUGGUCUACGCUCUCCAGCUCCUGGAAGGUUUGGCAUACCUGCAUCAGGCCGGCAUCAUUCAUCGCGACAUCAAGCCCGAGAAUAUCCUUCUCGACCACAACGGUAUCAUCAAGUAUGUCGAUUUCGGCGCCGCCAAAAUCAUCGCCCGCCAAGGCAGGACCGUCGUCCCAAUGGACGCCUUCGCCAGCACUGGUCACAAGGACGCCAUUAUACCCAAGGACUCCCAAGUUGCCCACAACAACUGGGGCAAGAACCAGAAGACCAUGACCGGCACUCCGAUGUACAUGUCCCCCGAAGUGAUCCGGGGCGACACCUCGAAGCUCAUCCAUCGCCAAGGCGCGGUCGACAUCUGGUCGCUGGGAUGUGUGAUUCUCGAGAUGGCGACUGGCCGUCGACCCUGGUCGACCCUGGAUAACGAAUGGGCCAUCAUGUACAACAUCGCCCAAGGCAACCAACCACAGCUGCCAACCCGCGACCAGCUCAGCGACCUGGGCAUCGACUUCCUCCGUCGCUGCUUCGAAUGCGAUCCCCUCAAGCGAUCCACCGCCGCCGAGCUCCUCCAACACGAGUGGAUCGUCUCCAUCCGUCAGCAGGUGGUCCUCGACGCCCCCACGCCCGGCAGCGAGAACAGCGCCAGCAGUUCCACUUCGGGCAGCCGUCAAAACUCCACCUACGGCUGACGAGCCUAAUUCUACCUUACCUCACUGUUUGCUUUCUUC